UGAAGAACUUAACGAAAUAAACCCAAAAAUUUAGUUCAGUAUAUAAUUUUUUAGUGAAACUAGUUCGGACCCGACUGACCCAACUCAGUGGGCAACACUGACACGGACAACUUCGCAUGUGUUGCCGCUGAUAUUUUAGAGAGCCCAAAAAUCAAACUGUGAUGCAAUUGUUGUUUUCGGCCUAGAAAGUGAAAGUUUUUUGGUUUGCUUUGCCAUUGACAAUCUGACAAUUGUUUUUCUAAACAAUUGCAUGUAUUUUUGUGUCGUCUCCGUUAGCACUCGCCCGCCUUACAAGUGGAUGUUACAGACGGCAAGUUCUUGUGCUAAGCGGAGGUGCUGUUUACACAAAUCAAAAACGGUAUAAGCUGCAACUAACGGUCGUUGAUCCGAGCACGCACAAUAAAAUUAAUUUGCAUUUGAUGGUAAAGUAGAGGAAGAGCUGCAUUUCGAAAACGAUCACGCUUUUCAUUUAUGAAAGCUGCCACCGCCAAUGUGCAAGCAACCACAGUAUUUCCCGCGUAACUAUUGGGCGAGUGCUGGUGCCUAACCUCAAAGCUUAGCGCGGAGUUGGCUACAAAAACGCUCGCACAAAUCACAAAGCACAAGCGAUACACUAGGAUAUAGAGCUAGACGUAAGUUAUGCAACGUUUGCUGCCUGCAUCCUGGUCAAGUGGCAGCAUAAUGCCGUUCCGCGUAUCCACCACAACAAAGGUUGUACUCUUCUCGCUGACUGCUGGCGUCGCACUGAUGAGCGUACUGUCGCGAUUUCUUCGUCGCCGGAAGCCUCCUCGUCCACCACGUCGACCACGGAAGUACACAGGCCGACGUACACGGAAUAGUAUGCGAAGUCCCAACGAUCUCAUCUCGAUUGCGGGCUCCAAGGCAUCGGCACGCUCUGGCAGUCCCGUAGGCUCCACACUGGCCUACUCGGAUCGCCUGUCAAUGGCAUCGGGUUCCAUUGGUGCUGGAACGCUUGUGUCCAAUGCACAGGGCCAUACGGGAGCGGGAGAUGUGGUCACACAGUUGACUGCACAACAGUUGGGUGUGAUGGGUAUGGAGGCGCUAGAUACUGUCAUUAAUUUUUGGGAAGAUGCGCUGGCUGCGCACUAUUCUCCGGGCGGUGUGCCCGCCGCACUUACCACAGCCGAGGACUCGGAAUUCUGUCGUGAAAUACAAAAUUUACUCGAAAUGUCCUAUACCCUGCAGGAGCAGAGUGAGCUACUGUUUUUGGAUCAACGCUCAGUGCUGUUUCGCGAGGAACAUUCCAUUGAUGAGGCUGAAGAGGAUGGCCUUGCGGCCAACGAUGAUGGCAGCAAUGCUGACGAGGAUCGACAUUCACGCAAAUCAGGCAGUGUGCUUAGCCGCGCUGGCUCUGAUCCCAAUUUCGAUUCCGCUGAAAGUUUCGCCUCGGCGCUGGAUCAGGUCGCUGAUCUGCGCGAAUUUGAAGGGUUUAUUGAGGCGUCAUAUGAGGAGUACCCGUUGUUUCAAACAGCUUUGAAACACCACGACGAGUGCACCGUACCCUGCCGCACCAUACGCUCUGAGCUAAUGCAUUGCGGCAGCGAUACCGAAUACUUGGCAAAGCUCCACUGUGUGCGUCUGGCCUUUCAGUAUCUAUUUAAGGACCCGGCUGUGGGUCAAUGGAUUUGCGAUGCCGGCCGACAAAUAUUGACAGAUUUGUUAUGUCUUGGCGACAAAGACACAAAAGAGUUUCUCGUUGGGUAUGAGGAUAUGAUAAACUAUCUGCACGAUCCCAGCAAUUGGCCGUUAAUCCAGGUGGAGUUGGAGGCACGCAAUGUGAAAGCUAUGACAUUUUACGAUAUAUGCCUAGAUUUUAUAAUACUUGACUCGUUCCGGGAUUUGGAUGCGCCCCCAGCGAGCGUUACAGCUGUGGUGCAAAAUCGUUGGCUAUCCAAUGGUUUUAAAGAGACGGCACUCACCACCGCUGUUUGGUCCGUGCUGAAGGCCAAAAAGCGUAUGCUUAAGUUUCCCAAUGGCUUCAUGGCCCACUUCUAUGUCAUAUCUGAGCAGAUAUCACCUUUGAUGGCUUGGGGCUUUUUCGGGCCCAAUGAGAAUCUGCGCGACAUUUGUCAUUAUUUUCGAGAGCAGUUGCUCUCAUUUCUAGCCGACAUAUUCAGCUUUCAGAAGAGCCGCUUCACAACUAUCGAGGAGUUCUCGCAGGAUGUGCUGCAGCACAUGAAAACUCGUGUUAACAACAUUGGCAUUAAGUUUAGUCAGUAGUCGGUGGAUGGUUAUCAUAUAUGAGUUAUAGUACAACGUUUAUUAUAUUUGGCGUAUUGUAACGCAAUCAACUUUUGCGACAAUUCCAAAUUAAAGUCUUUAAGCAUAUUUUAAGUUGACCACUACAUACCGCUGGGUUGUAUGUAUGUUUUUAUAGCUUCUAGGUUUAUCAUUUGUUUUUUUUUUUAUUAUUUUUAUUUGUGCAGGCACUUGUCCAAAAUGCCAAAGCCUAAGCACAGAAUAGUUCCAACAUGAAAUUGUGCCCUUAAAACAAACGAAUACAGUGACUAUCUAGAAAUCUAAGUGUUUUUCAAAUAAGUUGUUGUUUUUGAAUUGAACAGACAUUAUUUUUAAAGUUGGCAUCAAAAUGGAAUGUUAAAUAUAUGAAUGUGUUCUCAACUAAUACUCCACUAACCCGGGCUGGCUGCCAGCAACAAAAAGUUGAUUAAUUUUAAGUAAGCAUUGUUUUAAGCCCAAUUCAUCAGUUUAUGCACACAGUCAUCCAUUUUCACGGUAAGUCCAUUGAGAAAGCAUAGAUUUUAAGUGAAAAAGAACCAUUUGUAAAAUAAAACUAUUUACUUAACUCAA